GUGGAACGGGGGUGUCCUUCCUGCUCGCGCUGCUGUGAGACAACAUGGCGGCCUUGUGGACGGUCGUGUCCCGGUCCCGGGCCGGACUCCGGUUCUCCUCCUCCAGGCUCUUCGGAAGCUCCUUCAGCUCAGACUCCAGCGGGACGUCCGGCGGCGACCAGCCCGCCGCGGACAAGCCCCGGUCCGGCUUCGCUGCCGCCUUCGACCUGCAGUCGGAGAUCCGCCGCGAGGCAGCGAACUCUGCGGCCGGUCCGAGAGGCUCCGCCCCCGGGCGGGACGACAGCUUCGCCUCGCUGCUCCGCCGGUCCCCGCUGGUCCAGAUGGGACCGGCCAAGGACCGAGUGGUGGUCGGGAGGAUCUUCCACGUGGUGCAGGACGACCUGUACAUCGACUUCGGCGGGAAGUUCCACUGCGUGUGUCGGCGGCCGGCGGACGGAGGAGAGAAGCUGCAGCGGGGCAGCAGGGUCCGUCUGCGGCUGCAGGACCUGGAGCUCAGCGCCCGCUUCCUGGGGGCCAAGAGCGACAGCACACUGCUGGAGGCCCAGGCGGUGCUGCUCGGCCCGCUGGACGGCCGAGAGAAGCAGGCCUGAGAGUCUGCCUCUGACGUCAUUCAGAAUCUGUAAAUAACCAAUAAAUCAUCUGUAAACACGU